AUUCCAUGGAGAAAAGGUAUAAGGAUGAACCCUUUUAUCCUAGCGCAUUCAGCAAAGGUAUUAAGCGAGCGGGUCCGAUCUCUCGCCGGAUCAGGGAGCUUAGAAUACGGGCCGGCUACGCUAAGCCGCCGCGCCCGCAUGACUUCAGGGCCGGCAGCCUACUACAUAUUUAUAAAAUAUAUGCUAGGCAUAAGGACAACGGCCCUUACGAUAAUCACUACGUAUUAACUCUAGCGGCAGACGGCCAAGGUACAUACUUUACAGGGCGCUCUCGCACGGAUAUGCAAGAGCUAUUCCAGGAUCUAACAAUCCGCUAAAACCCCGUUAUGUUACAGGCACUUCCGGCGCAGAGUCGUGCCGAGUUCGAAAACUCGAAACCUAUCAAAGAGCUUCGGGCUAAGCUACAUGCACUUCAGCAGGGGUAUACGAAUAACGAUAGAACGAAAAAGUAAAAACAGGAAUUAUAUCGUAUGAAACGAAGACUCGAGACCGAGGCGUAUCGGGAGCUACAAGAGCAGCAACUUUCGACACCACCGGAGGCGACAUCCGAGCUCUACUACUACCGAAGCUAUUUUAACCGGACACGCUACCUCAUACCUAAAAGAGAUCGACUCGCCAAAACUCUAUUCCAAUCUACUCAACUACGCAACGCACUUAGACGUAGCGCCCUUGCGGAUCUAAUAGCGCUUUACACACAGAAGCGCGAGGUCCAGUUCCGGCGAGGAUUAGAA